CUUUUUCUGCCCACGAUCAAAAAGUCCUUAGCGAUUUCAAGGUCCGCGGCUCCAGCAAACAACCAACUAACGGGACAGCAUAAUCGACAACUGGUAUGAACCUCGACUCCUACGAUCGCAGUUGCAUUCGAACAAUCAAUCACUGCGCGCGCGACUCUUGAAACAUUUCGACUAAUCGACCGUUAAUUAGAUCACCGUCACAAUGGGCGACGCAGUCAUUGAGGGUUCGAACUGGCGCCUCGUUGAGGUUGGCCGUGUCGUUGUUAUCAACGGCGACCACCCCUUCGCCGGCCGCCUGGCCACGAUCGUCGAGAUCAUCGACCACAAGCGAAUUCUCGUCGACGGUCCUUCCGCGAACGCUAGCCUCGCUGUUCCCCGACAAGCCGUUCCCCUCAGCAAGGUCCUCCUCUCCUCUCUUAUCGUCGAGGGCUUGAACCGCGGUUCCCGAACUGGUGUCGUCCGAAAGCUCUGGGAGAAGUCCGAGAUCGACUCCAAGUGGGAGCAGACCAACUGGGCUAAGAAGCGGGAUCAGAUGGAGCGGAGGAAGGGUCUCACCGACUUCGAGCGCUUCCAGGUUCUCCGACUCAAGAAGCAGCGACGAUUCGAGGAGCGCAAGGCUCUGGCCAAGGUCAAGGCCUCCGCAUAAAUGGGUCAUUAAGCUGGAGUCACGGAGGUGCUUGAAAGUCGGGUUUAGAUCAAGUGGCACGGAACUGGGCAGGAAACACAUCACGGCGGUAUAGAGGCUGCUGGAUUCACUUUUGCUCCGUUCUGGAAGGCUGUAUGUCACACUUCAUCAUCAUGAUGAACGGCGUCAAUACGGAAAUUCUGAGAUCAACUGAAUUCAAAGCAUAAGGAGCAUCAAAAAAAGAACAUGGAUUCAUUGUGAACUGUAGCCGAAAUAAAAAUGAAAUGAAUACCCCAAAACUCCGCUGUCUGUGUAUGCAUGCAUGUCUUUACACUCAAUCACUUUGUAUCCCCAUAAUCAACCUUAAUUAUUGCCCAA